GUGUCACUGCUGCUGCUGCUGCUAUCAGCUGUUGUCGCCCAGCAGCGGCGACCCCGUCAAGGUCAGCGACCCCGGCCUGCCCUGCGGCGGGUGCCCCCGAGAAAGCCCGGCUCGGGGCGGUUUGUCAGAGGAGGAGGACCUGGCAGAAGGCGGCCUGGAGCCAACUUCAAACCGCCCUCACCGGCGGUGCCACCAGUUCCAGGUCCGGACCUGGUGGUACCAGCCAGCGGCGCACCCAGUGAGACUCUGCGAGCCGGUCUGGACGGAGUCCGGAACUUCCAGCACCUUCUGUCAGACGCCCCGCCUCCUCCGCCUACCACCACCCCCGCGCCGCGGCCACACUCGACCACUCGACCUCCGCUGAGCCGGGAGCAGGUGGCCAUGCUGAAAGAACUGCAGUCCAUCCUGGGGGAGGACCCCCUGCCGUUGGAUCCCGGCGCGGGAGGACGGAGGAGACCAGAGGCGGAUCGCCUCCUGCCUCUGUUUCCCCCGUUCGGGGUGGGGGUGUCGAAUGAUGCCGACGAAGAGAAAGAGCAACUGCCGGGGGAAGGAGUGGUGUCCGGCGCGCUGUUUCAGGAUUUUUCACCAAGUCGGCUGUUCUUGCCACCGGAAACUUCGACGGGUAGCGUUCGGAGGCAGUUCGUAAGGUUUGCUGAUGAUCCGGAGGAGUUGACUAGUGGUGUAGUAGACAUCGGGAACGUCAGAUUUCCUCGACCGGUGACCGCAGCGACAUCUAUAACCACACCACGGCCGACCACAGCGCCACCUUUACGGAUCCUGGGCGGUUUGCGGCCAUUGCUUUCCAAGGACGCUGAGAGAAAACAGAGGGAUGCUCGAGUGAUACAGAGUGUCGACGAUAACGGACAGCUGAUUACCAGCGUGCUCUCAUCCUCUACCCGUGCCACACUCGACCGGGCCGUCACUCCACCCUCUUUCCCCGCCGACUUCGGCUUUGGGUUCGGUCAGCAGACGCUGCCAAAGUCUGAUCAGCCGGGCCCGGCCCUCACCACAGGCCUCCGGCUACACCAGGUUCUGACAUCCACCGCCCAACCGACCCCGCAACCUGCACUCGCAGCUACCACUACCAAUCCUCGCCGCAGCGAGCAGCUCCUGCCAUCUGGCGGCGUGGUCCGAGACCUCGGCCGCGACCCACUGCCGCUAGGUGGCGGGUUCAACACGCUGUCACGUGACUCUGGCAGCGCGCGGCCGGCGGGGUCACGUGACCGCGCUGAAGACAUUGAGGAAAUCGUGAGGCGGACGGUGAUGCCUCAGGAUCCGGAGAAGUUGUGCCGGUCGGCGGCCGACAAUGGGUUCUGCGACACUCAGGAGCAGUACCCCAGGGCUUACAUGGAGCGUGUCGUCGACCAAUGCAGCACCAUCCUCGAGUACCUCUUCUCAGAGGUGCCCGAUGACGUCACGCAGCUCUCCAACACUCCAGAACCUUCCUCCGCCUCUGGCCGUCCGUGGUCAUGGGCAGCGUAUAACUACCAACACCAGGAUGUCUGCGACGCCACAACGCGUUUUGUGGAACCCACAUACGCCAAAGCUACUGAUGGGAGAUGGUAUGUCAUCAUUCAACAUCGUUCCCUGCGUCAACGCACUAGUGUGGGACUCUGUAACCAGCUAGACGGCUUCUGCAGAGCUGUCUCAGAUUGUGGCACUAGGUCCAGAUGCGUGCAGACAUUCUAUCACAGGACGCUGAUUGCAGCUGAUCCACUCCUGCCAACAAAGUGCCCAAGAAUGAAGACGUUCAGGUUGCCUGCGGGCUGUAUGUGUCAGGUGGAGUUGGCAAAGGGCCUGAGAACGUUGGACCAGGGGAACACAGAGGAGGACAAGAGUUAGAUGAUGGAAGAGAAGGGAAGAGAGACAAGAGGUAGAUAGACAAACGAAGAUGAUGGCAAGGUGAAGAAGAGAGAAACGGAAGCUACAUGAAGUAGAUGAAGGAAAGUGCCAAUAUGAAGGCAAGAGAGAAAAGAGUGGAAUAUAGAUUGGACAAAAGAGCAGGCAGGUCGAGUGCAAGUGGCAGGGAGCGACGGUGAAGGCGAGGGAGGCAGUAGGGAGGAAUUGAAGGAGCUCUAGCCGACCUUGAACAAAAACUGUGUCUAUGUGAGGAAUGAGACUUGGUGCGGUUUCCACGGGAAUGAGCUGAAUCCAGCAAGAUACAGCCGUUAAUUUUAGUGCUCGAUGUUUUAUCCUGGACCAGGAGAUUCCAGAAUGACCAGACUAACAAGCUUGACGCAUAUCUGAAAAGACUUCAAUUGAAACAGACGCCAAGCGGCUAAACGUCACAAAACUGUGCUUUGCCUAGGCGAACCUAGGAUUGUCAGACUCGACAUGUUGAAAGGUUGCACAGAACACUAACAGCCUUUGGCAAAGAACACGCGACUGAAUCAACCAGUUCCCAAAUGACUGAACUUGCAACAGUACUCUCAGCAUUGAAGUUGCAUCCAAUGAACUUGCAACGUACAUUUGUAGUGUCGCGUGUUAAUUGGACACUGGAUUUCGAACUGCGCACUGCUCAGUCAUUGCUGAUGUGGCUUAUGACAUCAUAUAGUGUGUCAUACAUAGUGUUGCCUCAUACCGAGUGUUGGUAGUGCUGUCCCAUGCGGAGUGUCGCCCCAUGCGAAGUGUCAGAAAGAGUGUCUUCUGUCGCGGUAUGACUGAGCGAUGGCCGUUGAUGAGAUAAGUGGGAUGGACAAGUCGAGAAUGGAGACGAAUGAAAAUGAAGUGUGGGUGAAUCAUGGAAAACGAUAGUACAGGGUUUUAUGGUGGAUACUCAUGGGAGUUUCAAACGACACCCAGAGGAGUGCCUAGAGGUAUUAAACCGGUACUCAGUCAAGUGACAAUGUGUAAUGCUGUGGAGUGUCCGCGGCACUCGUGCAGAGAAAAGAAUCAGUAACAGACACUAACGAAAAGGCGCACAGCACACACUAGACCUAGAGUUGGUGUCGAACUGCGUCACAAUUAGUGGAGCUGAGCCAUUCAUUGUGUGCCGUAAUGCGUCGGUUUGUGCUCCAUUGCGUCACAAUGCGUUGAGAUGCGCCAACGGGCCCACGGAACUCAUCCCAUUCAUUACGCGUUAAGUGGCACACAAAGUGAGCAUAAAGUUUGGUGUACAUUCUUCAAUGCGCCACAUAAAAAGUAUGUGUUUUGAAAUGCCGCUGAUAAUUUUUGUUUAAAUGUUUGUUUCUUUUCCGUCUGUGCAUAUUUGCUCUCUGUUUUGAUUCCGAUGAGUGGUUUUUACUGAUUUUAUAAACAAAACAGGAGAAAUGUAAAUCGAAAACUGCGUGUUUACUCCUGCAUAGUGCAUACUUUUUUAGAGAUACCAAUAUGACGUGCUUUUUUGUUUUUCAUAAUUAUCAAGGCGUACCUUGCAUUGUACUGUAGAGUGUAGGGUCCAACGUAAUCAUAUCACCAUGUAAACUGUAUCGGCUUUGGCAACUGUGGGCCCAUAAUAAGUUAUAUCGAUCGUCAAAUUAUUCUCACAUGUAGAAGUAACCCUGUUGUAUGUUGCAUCAAUACCAGAAUUGGCUGCUUUCAUCGUGUGUGCUGACAUUGCACGUUUCGCUUGCAGUGUGAACACAGCUUUUACGCCGACAGCGAUGUGUGCGAAGUAAUGUUGAUAACUAUCUACUGAGUUUUCGUCCGUAUAGGACGCUGUUUUAAGUGCAGUGUUCUUUUCAACUACUGUUGUAAAUGGUAUACCACUGUUACUCACAGUAGCAAACUGUUUACCAUUGUUGUACCGAAACUAAUUUUUGAGUGCUUGUAGUCAGCAUUGCUUUGU